ACUGGGAGCGGGAUAGAAGGUUCUGUGAAGGCUAGGAUGCGGGAGGCUCAGCUGAGGGGCUGCUCUGCUCCUAGGAGGUCCCUUUUACAAGGUUUUGGGUACUGAGUGUUACCACAAGAUAGGCUUGUUUCUGCUGCCUUAGUCCUCUGCCCAGGGAAAGGUUUUCUCAAGUGUUCUGAGGGUUGUCAGAACUGCUGAAUGUCCCUGUGUCCUCAUCCACCCUCAGCUUAGGCUGGUCCUUUUCAGCUGCUUCAUAAGCUUCUCCUGGAAAACGAACUGCUUCAUCACUGUUGCCCUGUUUGUGGAAGUGUGAACUGCUCUAAGGCUAGCAAAGGCUAGCCAUCUUAAGAGUUCCUGGAGGAACCUGGAAUCUUGAAAUCAAAUGCUGAUGUACAAAUGCUAAGAGGCACGGGGAAUCUCCUAUAUGGAAGCCUCAUCAGGAAACUAGAGUAAGUUUCAGACAGUGCUGUGUUUUGUCGGUUUCUGGUUUUAGUAAAGCUCCUCUGCAGUGUAAUUACAACCAUUCAAACUAGGAUAAAUAUAUGUAUCUCCAUGUAUUUGGAAGCUGUUCUAGCUACAGAUAAAUUACCAGAACUUGGAAAGUCUUCUCAAACUGCAGCUUCAUCCUCCAAGACUUCUGUCUUGUGCCUUCUGUGCUGUGGCUACAUUGCCUGCUGGUAUCACUGAUGGGGGACUACUGUAGGGGAGAGGUGAAUAUGUCACAGGGCAGCAUGUUUAAUACCUGGAAGCCGAUGUGGGUCGUGCUCUUAGAAGAUGGAAUUGAAUUCUACAAGCGGAAGGCUGACAACAGCCCCAAAGGAAUGGUCCCUCUAAAAGGAAGCUCUAUUAACAGCCCAUGCCAAGAUUUUGGCAAAAGAAUGUUUGUCUUCAAGCUCACUGCAGCCAAGCAGCAGGACCACUUUUUUCAAGCUGCCUACCUGGAGGAAAGAGAUGCCUGGGUGCGGGAUAUCAAGAAAGCAAUUCAGUGCAUAGAUGGAGGCCAAAGGUUUGCCAGAAAAUCCACGAGAAAGUCUAUCAGACUGCCCGAAACAAUCAACCUGAGUGCUUUGUACCUCUCAAUGAAAGAUCCUGAAAAGGGAAUAAAGGAGCUGAAGCUGGAAAAAGAUAAAAAAGUGUUCAAUCACUGCUUUACAGGCACCUCUGUGAUUGACUGGCUGGUGUCUAGCAACUCCAUCCGAAAUCGCAAAGAAGGUCUCAUGCUUGCCUCUUCCCUCUUGAGUGAAGGCUACCUACAUCCUGCAGGUGAUACAUCCAAGGCUGCUGCUGAGGGACUGUCAGACACCCCCUUCUUAGAUCUCAGCGAUGCCUACUAUUACUUUCCAGACAGUGGGUUUUUCUGCGAGGGAAAUUCUAGUGAUGAUGAUGUGGUCCUGAAAGAAGAAUUCAGAGGCAUAGUAGUCAAACAAGGAUGUUUGCUGAAACAGGGACAUCGGAGGAAGAACUGGAAAGUGAGAAAGUUUGUUUUAAGAGAGGACCCUGCAUAUCUUCACUACUAUGAUCCUGCUGGAGGAGAAGAACCACUAGGAGCAAUUCACUUGAGAGGCUGUGUGGUGACAGCAGUAGAAGAUAUGCCAGACUCCAAGAAAUAUGAUGUUGACAACAUCCUCUUUGAAAUCAUCACAGCAAAUGAAAUCCACUAUUACUUGCAAGCAGCGUCAUCCGCAGAGCGUACAGAGUGGAUCAAAGCAAUCCAGGCAGUUGCUAGGAUUGGAAAAUGAAGAUGAUCUGCCAGCAAGAAGACAGACAACUGAAAUCAGUUACAGAAAACAAAACAGGAAUUUUAUAAUUUCACCGAAAGAAAGCAGUAUCAUCCAGAAAGGCAUCCUAAGGCUUGUGGGUUGGGGAUUGAGGGUUGAUAGUAAGUUUCAGUUCUAUAGUCGGCACUAAAAAACUAACAUUUUUCUACUUGUAUUAUUGUAAUAUUUUACUAAAUUACAGUAUAGAACAUGCCAUAUUAGUGCAUGCUGCUUAGAGUAAUCAAUCUACUUUGCAAAGGUUGUACAUUAUACCUUUCUCAUCUUAUAUUUUUGUCUGACUGUAUGUAUCAAACUUCUAAGUCUUAAACUUGAAGUAGGAAUUGAAGAUCAAGAUAAUGUCAGAUUCUGCAUGUAAACUGUUCUUGAUGCAGACUGAUGUUUCUGAGUGCAAGAAAACUUCAAAACUUUUAAAACUCUGUUCAUAGAUCUAAUAAGAUACCUUACCCUUAAGAAUUCUUAUUCAGAUUUCUUCAGUCUAAAAAUAAAUCUGGAGCUAAAGCAUCUCUUCAAUCCUGCUUAAUUGUACCUGUAUCUGAGCUAAUGAACCUGAAGGUCUUUUGCCUUAGUAUUGUAUAUCACAAAGAAAACAGCCUUGCAGGGGCAACAGGCUGGCAGAUACUGCAUCAUCAUGUCCAUUUAAGACAUCCGGAGGAAAUUGGCUUCUGGCAGGCAUUUCCAGUAUCUCAUGCAAGCUGACAGGAUCAUUAAAGCCUGGUCUGUCAUUCUGAGGAAGGAAGACUUGUGGCAAAAAGAUACCCUGUUUGCUCAGCCUGCUUUCUUGAUAAUUGCUUUGUAGUUGCUGCUUAUUUUUGCUUUCAGAGCCUACUAACCCAAAAAUACCGUAUGGCAGAGGAAAAUAGAACCCCCACCCCCCCACCCCCGACAACAGAAACUUGCUCAGCUUAGCAAAGGAGGGAUGCAGCUACCAAUUUUUAAUAAAACUAAAAAGUUUUACCCGUC